UCUGAUUUGUUUUAUUUUAUUGUUAUUAUUUUUUAUUGUCACUGUAGUUUUAAGUAGGCGGUAACAGUAUCAACUUUGGAUGACACACAUUGUAAUUCUGUCACACUUUUUGUUUUGACAUUGAAAGUUUUGGGCGGGUUUUUCUGGGGGUGGUGUGUUUUGAAGAGUUUUUGAGCUGGGAAUCGUCGACCCCAUCUUGUCUGUGUUUUCUCAAUCUAUUUCACAGACAGGAUCACACACAUUUCAGCAAGAAACAUGACAGAGGACCCGGGUGCUGUGGCUGCUACAACAUCAGACUACAGUGAAUACUAUGACAACAGUAACGAUUAUGGAUCAUCAUGCAAUGAUGGCAACCCCAAGCCCUUCAUUAGGGUUUUCUUUCCCAUCCUGUACAGCACGGCUUUCAUUGUGGGUUUGAUCGGAAACGCUCUGGUCCUGUGGGUCCUGAUCAGAAACCGUCAAAGAUCCAGUCUGACAGACGUGUGUUUCCUCAACCUCGCCCUUUGUGACCUGCUCUUUGUGGCGUCGCUCCCUUUCUGGGCUCACAGUGCUGCGCAGGAGUGGGUUUUUGGCACAUUCGCGUGUCACGCCGUAAGCGGUCUCGUCAUGAUGGGUCUCUACGGCAGCGUCUUCUUCAUGGUGCUCAUGACACUGGAUCGCUACGUCAUCAUGGUCUACAAACGCAGUAUCUGUUCCAGACGCCGUGCAAAAAUAGCUCUGGCCUUAUUUGUGUGGAUGCUCAGCCUGUUUGUGUCCCUCCCUAAUAUUGUUUUUGCUAAAGUGAAAAAUGAGAAUAACAUCAUAACUUGUGGAACUGAAUUUCCUGACAGUUCAGGUUGGACAUUUAUGUACCUGAACGUCCUGAGCUUGAUUCUCCCUCUGAUUAUUGUGAGCUUUUGCUUUUGCCGGAUCAUCAGCAUUAAAUCAGAGGAAAAGCACGGCGUCAUCAGACUCCUCGUGGCUGUGCUGGCCGUUUAUUUCCUCUUCUGGACUCCGUACAACGUCGUCAUGUUCUUCAAGUUCCUGCAGAUGAAGGGCUUUUUUGGUACCUGCGAGUGGCAUGUUGAUCUGAGUUUGGCCAUGCCGUUUGUGGAAGCGAUCGCAUUAAGCCACUGCUGCCUCAAUCCCAUCAUCUACACCUGUGUCGGACAGAAGUUCAGAAGAGCAGUCCUUACAGGCCCAAAAGAGCAGUUUCCAUCAACCUGCUCUCCACAGUCACCUGAUUAUUCCUCCACACUGAUCGCAUAGAGAGAACAUAUUCCUCCAGAAAGAGGCUUCAAUUUUUUCAGUCAGUAUGUUCCCUUUGUAAACAAACAUACAUUGACUUCAAUUGUCUUCAGUGUUGGGGGUAAAGCAUCACAAGCAAUGUGAGUUACGUAAUCUGAUUACUUUUUUAAAGUAACUUCUAAAGUAAUAUGUUACUCUUUAAUUUACAUUAAAAUAUCUGAUUUACUUUUUCAAAUAAGUAACAGUAGUUUCUGUUUUCCCAUGUAUUGACUGACAGCUCUCGUGAGAGAAAUGUUGAGAGAAAUCAGGAGUAAGUGCAGAGGUGUUGUUGUAGGUGUAAAUGUCAACAUGCAUUUACUCAUUUCACUUACAUAAAAACAGAUUUAGUAUUCCUCAAAAUGACCUCAAACUCAGAUUAUGACACAAACCUGCAAUAAUUAAAUGUUAAAAAACAAACAAGCACCUCCAAUACCAGAUGAGAAAAAGUAACACAAUAUGUUUGUUUGUUUGUUUGUUUUGUUCUGGUUAUCUUUGUUGUGUCUUUUGACACUUUUGUUAAUAAUGAAUGUGAAGCAGGAGUUGAAUGCAGAAGUUGAAGCUGUAUAUUGCAUGCAUAUCGCUCAUAUUUUAGAUUUGCAAAUGAUACAAAAAAACGAUUUCAUCAGAAGCUUUAAAUAAACUCACUGUUAGUAUUUGCUUUUAAGACUUUUUAUUAUGUGGCUUAUCAAAUAAUAUUUUUUCUUUACUUAAAUUUCAUUGUCCUAGUGGUAUUAAUUACACUCUCAGAAAAAAAAGGAACAGAAGCUCAGACUAUUUUUACCCCAAAAUGGAGAAUUUUAUUACUUAAAGCGUACAUUUUAGUAUCUUCUGACAGGGCACCACCACAGUAACCACAGUAGCUUUUACCUUUUUUUUUUUGAGUGUGUUUGAUAGAGCUACAGGAAAUUGAUUUAGAUCUGCAAAUUGACAGGAAAAACAUUCACACUUUUUUACAUUACCUCAAAACGAUUGGUAUGUUCAAAAAUCCUUGAGGUUAAAGGAUCUGAGGAUCCUCAAAUGUUCAUUUUAUUUUUCUGUUUAUAUUAUUAAAUUAUUCAUGUAUAAUAAUUUUGAGUCAUUUGUUUUAAUUUUUUGUUUAAAUCAUUUAUGUCCUCAUUUCAUUGAUUUCAAGGUUUAUGGGAUGUUGUUGUGAAACAGUUUUUGUCUGAGCACUGAAACCUAUGCAUCUAAGAUUAUACAAUAAACUCUGCUCCUUUUAUCAUCAUUUUGUCUCCUGCUUCUUCUCUUUUCUCAGUCAACUUCUUGGCUGAUAGAAGACUGUUAAUCGAGUUCUUGGUAUUUUGUGUGCCAGACAAGACGCAAAGGUUUUGGGUAUUAGGCAAUUUUGAUUACUAGUUGCUUACAAAAUGGAUAUUUUCUGGUGUCCGGUGCUGGAUCUUAAUGAUCUGGUGUGAUCUAACAUUUUGCUGUCGUAGUUUUCCCCAUAAGAGCAGAUGACACCAGGUCAGAUGAGACCAUUAUGGAGGGUUCAGAAGUUAAGCUAGAU